CCGAUACCGUUUCCAUACACAACACCUGGAAAGUUCUGCUGCCGACCUGCCUUGCUCAGAUAGGCGUAGUCAUCUCACUCCGAGCGGCUCUGGUACGACUAACGGUUGUUCUGUGUAUCAAUGUCUUAACGAUCCUCAUGAAAUGGUAGCUGAGACAAUAUGGCCCUCACAUCGGGUUUCAUAGGCCAAGCAUCGGCUUGGGGUGCUAUAGAGGUGUGUAGAACGUCAAGUAUCGCCAAGGUAAACUUAAGUAGGUCGGCUGCCUAUUACAAGAGCUUCUGUUUUUCAUUCUCUUUUUCAACGGUCAAUUCGAAGGACUUCCUCCGUCGGCGGUCACAUUCCUUUCCUUGCUUGAUCUUCUUCUUCGAUCAGAUUGCGUUGAACGUGUCUGUGUCUGAUACUUGUAUAAUCCCCCGCUAGCCGGAAAUACCUUCGUUUUUGACCAUUCUUCCUGCUGUUACUCGUCAUCUCUUGCGCCGGCAUCAUGCAGUUCACGACAGCAAUUUCUCUUAUACUUCUGACGGUCAGCGUCGCUGCCCAGGAUAGGGGCGGAAAUGGCAACAACAAUAAUAAUAACCAGAAUAACCAGAACAACCAAAACAACCAAAACAACAACAACAAUAAUAAUAACAAUAACAAUAACAAUAACCAAGGCAAUGGAAAUGCACUUCUCCUACUGGCCGACAACGUACAAGAUGCUAGUAACAGCGGAGGUGUCGGAGCCGAAGACGGCCAGGCUGAUUCACAAACUGACCCAGCGAACUUCAUCAACGUAUGUACUGGAAAAACCAAGACAAACGGCCAGCAAGUCCAGGGAGGCUCUUGUAAUGGAAUUCCCAUGGGAGAUAUACCGUCCACCGCGAACAUGGUUUCAGGCGUCAUCGUCAGCCCUCAGAAUGGAGAGGAUAUUGCCGCAGACACAGACAUUACAUUCUCCGCACAAAUCCAGGGCCUCGUGCCAGGCUCUUUCACAAACCCUGACGAUACAUACUAUGCUGCUCCACAAGCUCUUCAGGGUGGUAAGAUAGUCGGUCACACUCAUAUCACGGUUCAAGACCUCGGGAACGAUGCAAACCCGCAGACACCUCCAGAUCCGACAAAGUUUGCUUUCUUCAAGGGUAUCAAUGAUGAGGGUAAUGGCAACGGUCUUCUGAGUGCCACUGCUGUUGGCGGUCUCCCUGCUGGCAACUACCGUGCAUGUACCAUGACAUCGGCGUCUAACCAUCAAGCUGUUAUCAUGCCAGUCGCCCAAAGAGGCUCUCAGGACGAUUGCAUUCGUUUCAGCGUUGGAGGCGCCAAUGCUGGUAACAAUAAUAACAACAAUGGUCAAAAUGCAAACAAUGGCCAGAAUGCAAACAACGGUCAAAAUGGUAACAACAACGAUCAAAAUGCAAACAACAACGGUCAGAAUGGAAACAACAACGGCCAAAACGCGAACGAUGGUCAGAAUGCAGACCAAGGCCAGAAUGCAGACCAGGGCCAAAAUGCAGACCAGGGCCAAAAUGCAGACCAAGGCCAGAAUGCAGACCAAGGACAGAAUGCAGAUCAGGGCCAGAAUGCAGACCAAGGUCAGAAUGGAGGCCAAGGCCAAAAUGGAGACCAAGGUCAGAAUGGAGACCAAGGUCAGAAUGCAGAUGGCGGCCAAAACGCAGGUGAUGGCCAGAACGCAAACCAAGGUCAGAACGUGAACAAUGGGCAGAACAAUAAUGCUCAAAACCAAACAGGUCAAGGUCAAGGUCAAGACAAUGGCUUUGGCGGCAACCGCUUCGGACGCGGACGCGGUCGUGGACGCGGGAGAUUCUCCACUCGUCGAUUCAUCGCAUAAGCGGAGAGGAAUACCGAGUGACCGGUGGGAGCUACUGUUAAUGAGAGCAGGAGCCAUAUUUGAAAAAGGUUGUUGAGAUAGAAUCGAAGGGGUUACAUAUGUCAUGGGAUCGCAUGGGGAAAGCGGCGGAAUGCUUGCAUGAAAGCAUUGUUUCUGGGCCAUGCUCUUGGCAUUGUCUGUGGUCUGUCCCACUGACAAUGUAUGUAUGAAUACAAUGAACACAAUGUAGCUGUAUAUACCAAGUCCGGGUGCAUCUUAAGUGAC